AUGUGUGCACUCGAUUUGAUGACAAGAAGAAAAGUGAAACAGUUGAAAAAGAAUGGAAAAGCGUCGAGAACGGAGAUGUUAUUGAUGACACAAAUGCUCACCUGCUCGUUUGUGAAUAUUUUCAACACGAUCAUCUAUACUCUUGUGUUUAUCGUACUAAACUUAUUCUUUGGCCCUUCCACUUUGGCAAUAUUCACGUCGAUGCGAAUCAUUAUAUCAAAAUUUCUUUUCAGUUUUUUUGUCAGUACAAUCAGUGUCUUCACCCUCAGGAAACCGAAAGAACAAAGAGUCCAACAACGAACGGGAAAAUCUAUCACGGUGAAAAGUUGUGAA